GCAAAGAAGAAAAGAUGUACAAGAGGAGGGAAACAGUGACACAGAGAUGUUCUGUGGUCUGCUGAUGAGUCUUCCUMCUCCAGCUCUUUGUUUCUUGUUCAGCUCAGGAUAAAUCAGCUGAUCUGCAGCUAAAACCUCAGCGUUUCUCCUCCUCUCCGCCGCCCGGCCUCGCUCCUCGGCUCCGAUGGCACGUCUCCUGGUUSCGGUGUUCCUGCUGGCCCUCCAGGCGCACGCUUCUCCCCCCGAGCUGGUUCAGACAGGACUACCUGUGGACCUGGGUCCAGGACUGUCAGCCAACGGUUCUGAAGCUGCUUCGAUGUCUCCGCCUCCAGGAAGCAGCAGGCGAGCUCCACACAGCAUCAUCAUUGGCGUGCGUAAAGGAGGCACGCGGGCRCUGCUGGAGAUGCUGGACAUCCACCCCGAAGUGGCCGUCGCUGCCACCGAGGUGCACUUCUUCGACUGGGACGAGAACUACGCCAAGGGUCUGGACUGGUACCGGGAGCUCAUGCCCUACUCGUCCCCGGGUCAGAUCACCGUGGAAAAGACCCCCGGUUACUUCACCUCGCCUCUGGCUCCGGAGCGGAUCUGCGCCAUGAACUCCUCCAUCAAGCUGCUGCUGAUCCUGCGCGACCCCACGGAGCGGGUCAUCUCGGACUACACCCAGGUCUACUUCAACCGGCUGGAGAACCACAAGCCGGUGCAGGCCAUCGAGAGGCUGCUGGUGCGUGGCGGCGCCCUGAACGUGCGCUACAAGGCCAUCCAGAGGAGCCUGUACGACGUGCACAUGCGCAACUGGCUGCGYCACUUCCCCCUGCAGCAGAUCCACAUCGUGGACGGGGACGCCCUGAUCCGGGACCCGCUGCCCGAGCUGCAGAAGGUGGAGCGCUUCCUGAACCUGCCGCCCAGGAUAGUGUCCUCCAACUUCUACUUCAACCAGACCAAAGGCUUCUACUGCAUCCGCACCGACGGCAGGGAGCGCUGUCUGCACGAGUCCAAGGGCCGGCCCCACCCGGCCGUUAACGGCACCGUGCUGCAGCAGCUGCGCUCCUUCCUGCGGGAGCACAACCGGACCUUCUUCAGGCUGGUGAGGCGCACGUUCGACUGGCAAUAAGAGAGCCUGAAGCCCCAAACUGGACUCUGCCGAGCCUCUGUUUGGAACAGACUGAAGACUGGAUUCAGAAAAAGCACUUUACAUCAGACAGAGGCCUUUCAGGGGCCUUCGACUGAUUCUGGUUCAGGACCGGUUCUGUCUUGUGUUCUGCACACAAACAGCUGGAGUUACUGUAAAACUGCAAACAACAAAACAUCAAGAAGUGUUUCCAUGUUGGAAACCUUUAAAGGGAUAAUUUGGACAUUUUCAAGUGAAUUCUGUGGAAAAGAUUUCAACAUUUAAUCUCUUGCCUCAGUUUGGAUAAAAGGUUUGUCUCUGACAGGACUGAUGAGCUGAAGGCUGGUUAGAGCCAGUUGGUUUUAUUUUUAUUAAAGUAUUCAAGUAAAAAAUCUGAUUCUUGUCCACAUAAACAGAGCUGCUCCUAGCUUUAAUUUCUCUCAUUUCCUUUUUAAAUUCAGCUUUUUCUGCACAAACCAUGAGUAGUUUAACUUUUUCUGUGUAGAAUCAAGAAGAAAAGCACCUCAUUUAUUCAUGAAUAAAAUAACUUAAAGUCCCACAGAAAACAGAGAAAAACUUCAAAUGCAGAAAUUUGUACCAUUCAGCAAAAUACUGGACAAUUAUCUUUAAUAAAGCAGAACAAACACUUUAGUUUAAUGUCUCCAAAAUCACAUAGUUUCAUGUUUUCAUCAUUCUAAUUUAAAAAUAUGAAACUCUGACGGAGAACACAUGCRUUUAAAGUUAUUUAUUUAAAAAAAUUAAUUGAGCUAUUAGCAAUAAAAAAUGCCUUGAUGAAUGAAAGAGAUGUCCCAAACAAUAAACCAUCAAAAUUAAACGUAAAUGCUUUUAUUUUUAAUACUGGAAGUGACUCCACACUGCACCAGACGUGCUACAGCUAGCUGCUACAGUUUACAAGCAAAUYAUYCCRUUAAACUCRCUGUGAAAAGCUAAAUUAAUGAAUAACAUUCAGACUAGCCAUUGGCUCAUCAGUCCUGUCAGCAUUAAACACUUCCUGUCCAUACUGUGUUCAUUCAGAGAGCUAUCUACAACAGGUUAGAUAUUGCUUGUUGAAGUGGACCCACAGAAGCCUCUCCAGAAUGUCCUGACUCCUUUAAUAACAGUGGAAACAUGUUGAUAAACCUGCUGACGUUUCUCCCUGCUACAUGUUUGAUAUUCUUCUUCUUCUUAAUAAUAAAUUGUCGGGUUUWAAAAGGUAAA